CUCCUUUGAAGCAUUUCGUUGUAUCACGAGUAAUUAGCCGAGACACCACAAGCCUACAAUUACAGGUCUAUAUAUAGGAGUGUAUAAUACAGAGAUCAACGAUACGAUACUGAUUCCUGGGUCUAUAUGGGCUCUUUUCACAUAAUCUAGGCUCGAAGGGGAUCCACCCAAAGAUAUGCCUUGCAUGACAGUAUCAUUGAAACAAUACCACCAAAUGAGAUGUUAUAGAUAGUCAGAAUUGAAUAACGACCCUUGUAGGUGAGAAUCAUGAAAUACCGCGCCUCAUAUUAAGUCAUCUUGAUCUUCGUAAACUGGAAGGGUACCCUCGUUGAUCGCACCGCCACAGAUGGAAUCGCUGAUGGGCACUGCCGGUAACAUGGUUGUUGCGUCAGUGUUUGCGGGGUCUCCGACAACCCCAUCAAGUGGGGAUCUGACGGAACAGCUUGCUAAUGCCGAAGAUUAUCUUCGGAUCCCACUCAGAAGCUCUGAAGAUCGUGAAAGCUCUGGUCGGGUGGAAUCCAGUGUACGGACCGAGAAACAGAAUCGUGUCCAUUACCCCAGCCAGCUUGUUAUCGGCGAAGACGACUUUGAGAAGAUUGAAAUACCCUGCCCUCCACCCCGGAAGAUUCCUCGGGCAGAGCGCCUCUUAGCUGUCAUAAUGUCACCCAAUAAUCGACAAAGCGCACACUUGCAUGGCUUGGUUGGGAAGCCAUUACUGUACUUUACGAGUGUUUUCGUAUCCUUGGGCGUCUUCCUUUUUGGCUAUGAUCAAGGUGUUAUGUCUGGGAUCAUAACAGGCUGGUAUUUCAAGGAUUACUUCAAUCAACCCUCGCGAGCUGCAAUAGGUACGGUGGUUGCGAUCCUCGAAGUAGGGGCUUUCAUAUCUUCUCUACUUGUCGGUCGACUCGGCGACUUAAUCGGACGCCGCAAAACGAUCUUGUAUGGCUCCAUAGUAUUCUUUAUUGGCGGUGCAUUGCAGGCCUUUGCUACCGGGUUGCCUAUGAUGAUGGCCGGUCGAAUCGUCGCAGGUUUGGGCGUUGGGGCCUUAUCGACAAUUGUACCUGUCUACCAGUCUGAGAUAUCGCCUCCCCACAACCGAGGGAAACUGGCAUGUAUCGAGUUUACAGGGAACAUCUCCGGAUACGCAGCCAGCGUCUGGGUGGAUUAUUUCUGUAGCUUUAUAGAAAGUAACUACUCGUGGCGCCUACCAUUAUUGUUCCAGUGCGUCAUGGGUGCUCUUCUUGGUGUGGGUAGCCUCAUCAUUUGCGAGUCUCCAAGGUGGCUGUUGGACAAUGACCACGAUGAAGAGGGUAUGGUUGUCAUUGCAAAUCUAUAUGGAAGUGGAGACUUGCACAGUGACAAAGCCAGACAAGAGUAUAGAGAGAUCAAGAUGAAUGUUCUUCUGCAAAGGCAAGAAGGCGAAAGAUCUUACGCUGAUAUGUUCAGGCGUUACUACAAAAGGGUCUUGAUAGCGAUGUCGGCACAGGCCUUAGCUCAGCUCAACGGUAUUAACGUCAUCUCGUAUUACGCCCCGCUUGUAUUCGAAUCAGCAGGUUGGGCUGGCCGUGACGCUAUCCUAAUGACUGGGAUCAACGCAAUCUCGUAUCUGGCCUCUACAGUACCUCCAUGGUAUCUGGUGGAUCGCUGGGGCAGGCGCCCCAUCCUUCUUUCUGGAGCGGUGGCAAUGAUUGUUUCACUCUCCCUGAUUUCCUAUUUCAUAUAUAUCGACGUCGUGGCAACACCUACUCUCACUGUCAUCUUUGUCAUGAUCUACAAUGCUGCUUUUGGUGCAUCAUGGGGACCCAUACCAUGGCUCUACCCACCGGAAAUUCUCCCAUUGAGCAUUCGUGCAAAAGGCGCAAGUCUUAGUACAGCCACUAAUUGGGCUUUUAAUUGGCUUGUCGGAGAGGUCACGCCUGUUUUACAAGCUGCUAUCAAGUGGCGCUUGUACCUGGUGCAUGCGUUUUUCUGUGCCUGCAGCUUUGUCCUGGUUUACUUUUUAUAUCCGGAAACGAGUGGUGUCCGCUUGGAAGACAUGAAUCUGCUGUUUGGGGAUGCAACUACUGCCAUGCCAACACCAGCAACUCAGGGAGAACGUGGCUCUCUCAUGAGUGCAGGCUCUCCUGUACCUUCGCUUGACAUCAGACGCCAGUAUGGCCGUCUGGGGGCAGACAGCGCCAUUCCUGGCUUGGACAUUGACCCACCGAAUGUAAGUUCUAGUACCGGCAGCAAGCCUGGCAGGACAGGCUUCCGGGAAGACACUAGUAGUCGACCAGAGGGCUUUGGAGGCUGGAUUUCGAAUAUGAUUACCCGACACAAAGGAUCGGAAUCAACAGGACAGGCCGGUCAGUAUAGACGUCUUGGGCAGGAGGAGAAUGAGUAGGGCCACCGCGUAUGGUCCAGUCUCAUGUAACAGAUACAGACAUAAACAUCCUGUUGCUGUACCUACCUCUUUCACUCUUGUUUUCUCUUUUCAUCCUUAUGUACACCGACUUAACUGUAUUCUUUUCCUUUUCUCGUGGACUGAUACUAGGAUAUUCUCGACCCUGGUCUCGCAUAUGCUGAUCUUGUCGAGGCUCUAUUUCGAUUUACUGCACCGUUUUUUUCUGACAUCAUCUACAUGUAUGCAUGUAAAUAUAUACCGAGACGUAUACCACGCCCCAGAAUAGGUUCUAAAACAUGACAGUUUGUGAAAUGUUUGAAGCGUGAGGCACAUAUCGCGCCAUCUGCUACUCCGUGACUUCAGAAAUGAGAAUCCGCGUGCAACUAUC